AUGAUGGAGGACUGUGCCAUCGUUGCCAUCAAAGAGUCCCCCAGUUACAACACCUCACGUCGGCCUACGGUGAAUGGUCCACGGGGUGCUGUUGCCUACACAAUGCUGCACCGACCGUCAUCCUCCUGUGCCAUCGCAGAUAACUUGAGCCUCUGCCAAGGCACACUCUCACCAUCCGAAAGCCUCUUCUCCGCCGAUCGAGUCUCCGUGACCAGUUUCAAUGGCGUCAAUUCCUCCACUGCUUCUGUUGCGCAGAGCCGCUCGAUGCAAAACAUCCACCGGUACUUGAACGAGGAUGUGAUGCCAAAUCCCAUGAAACAGUUGCAACAGCUUGCUGGAACUCCGCGAACAAGAAGAUCCAACCUGUACAAUGGUGAGUCAUUGUCUCCAGUUGUACUCACGGCCCAUUCAAGCGGACCUUCUCUUUCUUUCAUCCAUCUACCAGUAAAUUCAUGCAUUUAA